GCGAGCAGGAGGACGAGGAGGGAGGGAGGAAGGAAGGGGAGGAGGAAAAGGCGUCCAAUGCGCUCGGUGUGCGUGCAGACGUUUACCCACGCUUAGCCCAACCUUCUGGCCCUACACCACCUGCACCACUCCUCCCCCACGCGCGCGUUCGCCCUCAAGUAUCCGAGACGGAGCCGAGAGAGAGAGAGAGGCAGACGGACGGAAAAGGGAAAGAUGAUCGAGGUGACGUCCUUCACGAUGGACGAACUCAAGAGGGUCUUCAACGACCACUACGCGCCUAUCGCGGUGCUCACCACCGCCGGAAUGGGAUUGGUGCUGCUGCGGCGCUGGCUGUCCGGCGGCGUUUGCCGCAGCCUCGCCCGCAUGGACGGCAAGACGGUGGUGAUCACGGGCGCCAACACCGGCAUCGGCAAGGAGACCGCGGUGGACCUCGCGCGCCGAGGUGCGCGGGUGGUGCUUGCGUGCAGGGACGAGGGCAAGGCGCGGGAGGCCGCCGACGAGGUGCGCCGCCGGAGCGGCAACACCGACGUCGUGGUCGAGCGCCUGGACCUGGCCUCGCUGGCGUCCGUGCGCGAGUUCUCGCGGCGCCUGCACGACACUGAGAAGCGGCUCGACGUUCUCGUGAACAACGCCGGGUUGAUGCGGUGCCCCAAGUGGAAGACCGAGGAUGGCUUUGAGAUGCAGUUUGGCGUCAACCACCUGGGCCACUUCCUACUCACGAACCUGGUGCUCGACAUGCUCAAGAAGUCCGCCCCGAGCCGCGUCAUCAACGUCUCGAGCCUCGCCCACAGGCGUGGCAAAAUCCAUUUUGACGACAUCAACUUGGACCAGGACUACAACCCUGGCACGAGCUACAACCAGAGCAAGCUGGCCAACGUGCUGUUCACCAGGGAGCUUGCACGCAGACUGCAGGGCACAGGCGUGACGGUGAACUCGCUGCACCCGGGCGUGGUGAAAACCGAGGUGGCGCGCCACGUGUUGGCCGGCGUGGCGGCGUGGAAGGCUGCGCUGCUGUACCCCAUCAUCCUGCUGCUCGUCAAGACGCCCCCGCAGGGCGCGCAGACCUCCAUCUACUGCGCCGUGGCCGAGGAGCUCGAGAACGUCUCUGGCCUCUACUACAGCGACUGCGCCCCCAAGGAUGUGGCACCGCAGGGGAAGGACGACGACGCGGCGCGCCGCCUCUGGGAGCUCAGCGCCCGCAUGGUCGGCCUGGAGACCGGAGGGAAGUGAGGUCGCCGUGGCGACGUCACCCCCGUGCCGCGCGGCACCGCCCUCGCCGAUCAGCAGCGCGCUUGCCAAAAACGACGCCGCCGUUGCCGUGUGAGCGGCGCGCCGCUCUUGCCGUGCGGCAGGGCGCUCGCCAGACGGCAGCGUGGUUGCUGCGUGCCGUUUCUCGCGACGCCACCCUCACCGAAUCGAUGGAUGGGCCGGGUGGGCGCUUGCUCAGCAGGGGCGAUGCCGUUGUUUGGAAAACGCGCCGUCGGUGGGAAAGCGCGGUGACUGCCGGUACCUGCACCUUGCUGCUUGGCACCCGCACCCCGUGACAGAGCAAAUCCUUGAGCCACAGCAGAUGAUCCCCGAUUAUCGAUUUAAAGGGAGUUUUACACGCACAAUGCAGGCAUUGAACUGCCCGUGCAAUUAAACAAAAAAAAUCCAUGCUCUGCGAUUGGUUCGCAUCAAAUACCCAUCCACUAGAGGCGCUAAAUUUACCACAAUGUACAAAGAGAAAAGAAUCAGAAUCUUCAAACUAAUCGCGAGCUCAAAUUGUGACGAUCGAUCAAAACGCAAGCGAAGCCCUCACAAACCCGCACACAGUGAAGCACCCGUAGGGUCCAACGGCCCUCGUGGUCAACACAGUGAGGCUUGACCUUCAUCCAGCAGUGCAUGGACAAAGGGAUGUACACGUGUACACGCUUUAGAAUUCGCAGCAUAUUUUACAUCGGCAGUAGCCAGAUUUAGUCACGUGGUCUGCAGUGCAAUACCCCCCCCCGUCCCUUAACCCACGAUCUCACGGGGCCACUAGACAACCUCACGUCACGUGCACUCUGCCACUAGCAAACCGCACUGAAAUCUUCCUCCGUCCGCCACCACUGUAUGUGUAUAAAUCUUUUUGCGAUGCGCUAGGAUUUGCUUGAAAAUCAGCAUCAUAACCAGCAUGUCAGAAUCGUUAUUUUUUCAGAAUCAGAACCUUUAUUUAUCCUUUGGAGGAAUCAGACGAGCUAUGAAGGUAUUUUUUUUCGAGAGAUGCCCAGUAGGCGCGGGUCAGCAAGUCACAACAAUGAGCGAGAGACCGAACCACGAGUCUCCGCCAACGCUGCUGUUGCAGCGGCGACUGUUGACGUUGCUACUUUCACACGGCUGGAAUCGAGAGGCUUGCAGUUCGCAAAUGUUGAAUAAAAUGCGUUUAAGGUCUCUCCGAGAUAUGCUAAUACUCAAAAGCGCAGUGUCGCAUUGCGGCCUCUUAAAAUAUUGAGGAGGGGUUUGUUUUUUCCUUCUUCCACCGAAUUCGAAAAAGAAUGGCUCUUCUUGUUAUCUUGGUUUGCCGAGCCACCUGGUGUAGCGGGCUAGGCAUUGUGAAGAACACGUGCCGCACGAAGUAUACAGGACGCUGCUAGCAGCCGUUGCCUGCGUGCAGUUUCAAUGACGCCAAGCAGGCGAGCGCUACGCGCGUUCAGGUUUAUUUCGUCUUCACACACCGUUUGUUGCGUGGGGGAAAAGCUCCCAAUGCAUAUGCUUGAAUCAAGCGCGAGAAGCUCCAGCAAUCACGCGUUAACGCUAGGGUGCAGUGUUGGUCCACGAGACGGCGGUGCGACUGUGUAUUGUCCGUGGACUUUAACAAGACAUUGCUAUAUUAACGUAGCCGACGACCCGUACGGUUUACCCCGUAUUCUUAUACAGGGAAAAUUCGUUUUCAGGCCCAUGCGGCGUACAGCCGUUUUAAUA